AUGGCUAAUAUCUUAAAAUGUAUUGGAGAUAUCAUUGAGUCUCUUCUGAACCCUCAGGCUUCUUUCCACAACAAUGUCUUCAUUCUGAUAUUCAACUGUAUCCGAGGGAAGGAGGUAGUGAAUAAAGAGUCUAAAUAUUAUGUGUCAAUAAUUGGUCAUUUGGACAAGCGAGUAGAGUUGUUAGACAAUAGCGUCAAAAUUGAAGACCCCGACAGGUACAAUGCUGUUUUGUCUGUCAUGGCUUCUAAAGUAUCGUACGAGAAUAAAGCUUUCGUUCAUGAUAUUGUGGUAGAUCACUGGAAGAUGGAGCUGGUUGAAUGUCGUGACUACUGGAAUGAUUGUCAAGAAAAAGCAACAACUCAGGGUUUUAUCAUGUUAGAAAAAAGUGAAGAGAAGCAUAGGUACAUGGUGGCUUUCAGAGGAACCGAACUCUUUGAUGCUGAUGCAUGGUCCACUGAUAUCGACAUCUCAUGGUUUGAGAUUCCUGGUGUAGGAAGAAUCCACUCGGGUUUCAUGAAAGCAUUAGGGUUACCAUUGGACUUGAACAAAGAAGAGUUGAUAUGGCCUAAGGAAAUCGAAACCGAUGAGAGGCGUCCACGUGCCUAUUACUCCAUAAGGGAUUUACUAAAGAAGCAUUUGAAGGGAAAUGAUAAAGCAAAGUUUAGUUUGACGGGUCAUAGUCUUGGUGGAGCUCUUGCAAUUCUCUUUCCGGCAAUGCUGAUGCUGCAUGACGAAACAUUUCUGUUGGAAAGACUUGAAGGGGUGUACACGUUUGGACAACCUAGAGUUGGAAAUAAAACAUUUGCAAGUUACAUGGAUAAAAACUUGAAACAUUAUAGCAUCAAGUAUUUCAGGUUUGUUUACUGCAACGAUAUUGUUCCUAGGUUGCCCUUCGAUGAUGGCAUCCUCAAAUUCGAGCACUUUGGAUCAUGUCUAUAUUAUGACAGGAGCUAUAACGGCAAGAAAGUGCAAGAGGAGCCGAACAAAAAUUACUUCUCGUGGAAGGCUAUGAUACCGAUGAAGGUUAAUGCUUUGUGGGAACUUGUAAGGAGCUUCACUAUUGUGUAUAAAUAUGGAGACGAGUACAAAGAAGGAUGGCUUCUAAGAUUUAUUAGGCUUUUGGGCUUACUACUUCCUGCAGGUAUACCAGCCCAUGGUACUCAGGAUUACGUUAAUAUUGCCCGCCUGGGAAUUCCCUCACAUUUGGAUUGA